AUGGUCAGAAGCUUCUGCGUGAUUUUCCCGGUCAUCUUCCUCGUCAAGCGCUUGACAUUCUGCCAACGCAACAUCCUUCCCCACACGUACUGCGAGCACAUGGGCAUCGCCCGGCUGGCUUGCUCCGACAUCACGGUCAACAUCUGGUAUGGCUUCAUGGUGGCUAUCUUGGCCAUCGGCGUGGACACCUUGCUGAUAGCAGCAUCAUACGGUCUGAUCCUGAGGGCUGUGUUUCGGCUCUCCUCCAAAGACGCUCGCCUGAAGGCACUCAGCACCUGCGGCUCCCACCUCUGCGUCAUCCUCAUGUUCUACACACCUGCAUUCUUCUCCUUCUUUGCCCAUCGCUUUGGCCACCACAUCCCAGGCUAUGUUCACAUCCUACUGGCCAACUUGUAUGUCCUCAUCCCUCCCAUGCUGAACCCCAUUGUUUAUGGGGUGAAGACCAAGGAGAUCCUGCGGAGAGUCACCAGCUUGUUCCACCAAUGUUUCAACAGACCAGUUACCUAA